GACACCGUUCUUUUCAAUGAUACCAUUCGUUACAAUAUUCAAUAUGGACGUCAUUCUGCGACGGACUAUGAAGUAGAGGCAGCGGCUAGAUCGGCAGAUAUUCAUAACCUUUGUUUAGAGUUUCCACAGGGCUACGAAACAAUAGUAGGCGAACGUGGGCUCAAAUUGAGUGGAGGCGAGAAGCAACGUGUUGCCAUCGCACGGACUAUCCUCAAAAUGCCAAGAAUUAUUCUUCUAGAUGAGGUCAACUAUAUUUUAAUAUUAGAUUCUAUCUAA